AUGGACUGCAACGACAACAACUUUUGUCCUGGACAGGACUAUGGUGCUCACUCUGCCUACGUGCCCUGCAGUUAUCUUCCUCUGGACUUUAUUGACUGUGACGAUCUGAUUGACCACCAAGGCAAUGUUACUUCACUUGAACAAUCAGGCAACUUGGGCUGUUUGAAGUUUGGUGGACAAAACAGCAAAGAUGUGUACAUGGGUUCACGAUACUGCCAUGUGAUCAAGGAUAUUGAGUGCUACGGAAACAAGAGCUUCAUACGUUACGGGUUUCCCUGUCUUCGCUACAACGGCCACUACUUUGUGACCACUUUGCUCUUCUCACUUUUACUCGGCUUCCUCGGAAUGGAUCGUUUCUACCUUGGCCAUACUGGCACAGCCAUCGGAAAGAUGCUCACCAUCGGUGGCGUGGGCAUCUGGUGGAUUGUCGACAUUAUCCUUCUAAUUACAGGCAACCUCAUGCCCGAGGAUGGCAGCAACUGGAUGCCCUACGCCUAA